AUGCGUUCCCUCACCACAUCAUUUAUCUCCCUAUCCCUGCUAUCAGGCACAGUCCACGCCAAAAGCAUAGCUCGUGUCUGGACACACUUCUACCCAAACUGCCCUGGCGAGGCAUUCAGCAAUCUCGACACAUACGAAAAAUACCACGUAUCCGGCCCAUCCCAAAAUAUCACUCAGGGCAGCUGCAAAAGCUUCUCCGUCCCCUCCUACGAGAAGAACCUCGUCGACGCCAUCUCCGUCGACGCCGAGCUCCUCUCUAACGACCACGACCUCCCUUUCCUCUCAGGCGGCAGCGGCUGCAACAUCACCGUGCACGAGGUGCCUGAAUGCAUCGACCCGCCCCUAAUCAGCAAAGAGAUCCGAGAUGGCGUUGCGAUUAGUCAGUGCGCCUCGCGCCAGUUCGUCGCUUACAGCCAAGUCUGGGUGAAUCUCGUUUGCGACAGCGACAGCCCUCUCCACGACGAGAACAUCCCUACCCAUGGUGCAAAGGAGAACAACAAGCAAGCAGACACGCACCAGUCCAUUCCUACUGCUCAGCCUGAUGCGCCUGUGCGCGCUGAAAAGCAUACUACCAUCGAGGAUAUCAAGAAUAUCCAGAUGCCCGGGUCCAACUCGGAUUCUUGGCGCGCGUCUCAGGCUACGCAUAGCCAGCGUGAGCCCGUGCAGGAGGGUCGUGUCAAUGAGGCUGGUCAUGCGCAGAGUGAUCAGAUCGUGCAUCAUAUCAUGGAGUUGUUGAAGAAUAAGACUUCGCAUAUCGUCACCGGCAAGCAUCAUGCCCACUCGAAUGUUACGUUGCAUCACAAUGGUACUGCCCCCGGUAAUCGUACUGUGAUGACUCGUCGGCGUUUGUCGGUCUUGCGAAACAGGGCUGCCCGUCUUGUUUAG